UGUAAAAUGCCGUGUCAUUGGGAGACUCCGCGGCCGGAGCAUUAGAUUACAGCUCAAAGGAGCCCGGGUAGGCGGCGGGGGCGAAGAUGAGCAGAAGCCCCUGUUCUUCUCGGAACGCCCGCUGACAAGCCAGUCCACUCGAGCAGCCCGCGGGUGUCCUGUUUCCCUUUAAGAGCAACAGCUCUGAGCCGGGAGCCAGAGAUCCGAGGAGGCCUUGCUCCGCCAGCCCUCUUCUCUGAGGGGACCCACGACCUGCACGUCAGCCCUCCGGGACCUUCCCUGGCCCUCUUCGCGCCCUAGACGCACGGGGGCCCCAGGCGCUCCAGGCAUGCUGAGGGUCUUCAUCCUCUACGCCGAAAACGUCCGCACUCCGGACACCGACAUCAGCGAUGCCUACUGCUCCGCCGUGUUUGCAGGGGUGAAGAAGAGAACCAAAGUCAUCAAGAACAGCGUGAACCCCGUGUGGAAUGAGGGUUUUGAGUGGGACCUUAAGGGCAUCCCCCUGGACCAGGGUUCUGAACUUCACGUGGUGGUCAAAGAUCAUGAGACGAUGGGGAGGAACAGGUUUCUGGGGGAAGCCAAGAUCCCACUCCGAGAGGUCCUCGCCACCCCCAGCCUGUCUGCCAGCUUCAAUGCCCCACUGUUGGACACCAAGCAGCAGCCCACAGGGGCCUCCUUGGUCCUACAGGUGUCCUACAUGCCGCUCCCUGGAGCUGUGCCCCUGGUCCCGUCCUCCACUCCUCUGGAACCCUCCCCGACUCUGCCUGACUUUGACAUGGUGGCUGGUGGGGGACAGAGCCGGGCCGAGACUUGGUCUCUGCUCAGUGAGAGCACCGUGGACACAAGAUAUUCUGGAAAGAAGUGGCUGGGCCCCACGGACACAGGAGGAGAGGAAGACACCGAGGACCAGGGGCUCACUGGAGACGAGGCAGAGCCACUCCUGGAUCAGAGCGGCGCCCCAGGCCCUGGGGCUCCCACCACCCCCAGGAAACCACCUUCUCAUCCUCCCCCCUACCACCCCAGUAGCAAAAGAAAGAGAAGCACAUCUGCACCCAGAAAGCUGCUGUCGGACAAACCUCAGGACUUCCAGAUCAGGGUCCAGGUGAUCGAGGGGCGCCAGCUGCCAGGGGUGAACAUCAAGCCUGUGGUCAAGGUUACUGCUGCUGGGCACACCAAGAGGACGCGAAUUCACAAGGGGAACAGCCCACUCUUUAAUGAGACGCUUUUCUUCAACUUGGUUGAGUCUCCCGCAGAACUGUUUGAUGAGCCCAUCUUUAUCACGGUGGUGGACUCUCGUUCGCUCAGGACAGAUGCUCUCCUUGGAGAGUUCCGGAUGGACGUGGGCACCAUCUACAGAGAGCCCCGCCAUGCCUAUCUCAGGAAGUGGCUGCUGCUCUCAGAUCCUGAUGACCUCUCUGCUGGUGCCAGGGGCUACCUGAAAGCCAGCCUGUGCGUGCUGGGGCCUGGAGACGAGGCUCCUCUGGAGAGAAAAGACCCCUCUGAAGACAAGGAGGACAUUGAAGGCAACCUGCUCAGGCCCACAGGCGUGGCGCUGCGAGGAGCUCACUUCUGCCUGAAGGUCUUCAGGGCUGAGGACUUGCCACAGAUGGACGAUGCUGUGAUGGACAACGUGAAGCAGAUCUUUGGCUUUGACAGUAAUAAGAAGAACUUGGUGGACCCCUUUGUGGAGGUCAGCUUUGCAGGGAAAAUGCUCUGCAGCAAGAUCUUGGAGAAGACAGCCAAUCCUCAGUGGAACCAGAACGUCACACUACCUGCCAUGUUUCCCUCUAUGUGUGAAAAAAUGAGGAUUCGAGUCAUAGACUGGGAUCGCCUCACUCACAAUGACAUUGUGGCCACCACCUACCUGAGUAUGUCGAAAAUCUCUGCCCCUGGAGGAGAAAUAGAAGUGGAUGACCAUCUGGGCUUCCUCCCCACUUUUGGGCCCUGCUAUGUCAACCUCUAUGGCAGCCCCAGGGAAUUCACUGGCUUCCCGGACCCCUACGGAGAGCUCAACAUGGGCAAGGGGGAAGGUGUGGCCUACCGAGGCCGGCUUCUGCUUGCUCUGGAGACCAAGCUGGCAGAGCACACGGAGCAGAAGGUGGAAGACCUCCCUGCUGAUGACAUCCUCCGGGUGGAGAAGUUCCUUCGGAGGCGCAAAUACUCCCUUUUUGCUGCAUUCUACUCAGCCUCCAUGCUGCAAGAUGUGGAUGAUGCCAUCCAGUUUGAGGUCAGCAUUGGGAACUACGGGAACAAGUUUGACACGACCUGCCUGCCGCUGGCCUCUACCACUCAGUACAGCCGGGCAGUCUUUGACGGGUGUCACUAUUACUACCUGCCCUGGGGUAAUGUGAAGCCUGUGGUGGUGCUGUCAUCCUAUUGGGAGGACAUCAGCCAUAGAAUUGAGACUCAGAACCAUUUGCUGAGAAUUGCUGACCGGCUGGAAGCUGGCCUGGAGCAGGUCCACCUGGCCCUGAAGGCACAGUGCUCCACGGAGGACAUGGACUCCUUGGUGGCUCAGCUGAUGGAUGAGCUCAUUGCAGACUGCAGCCAGCCUCUGGGUAAUGUCUAUGAGAUACCCUCUGCCACCCAUCUGGACCAGUACUUGUACCGACUGCGCACCCGUCACCUGAGCCAAAUCACUGAGGCUGCUCUGGCCUUGAAGCUUGGCCACAGUGAAUUUCCUGCUGCCUUGGAGCAGGCUGAAGACUGGCUCCUGCGUCUUCAUUCCCUGGCAGAGGAGCCCCAGAACAGCCUGCCAGACAUCAUCAUCUGGAUGCUGCAAGGGGACAAGCGUGUGGCAUACCAGCGGGUGCCUGCCCACGAAGUCCUCUUCUCUCGGCGGGGUGCCAACUACUGUGGCAAGAACUGUGGGAAGCUACAGACAAUCUUUCUGAAAUAUCCGAUGGAGAGGGUGCCUGGGGCCCGGAUGCCGGUGCAGAUACGGGUCAAGCUGUGGUUCGGGCUAUCUGUGGAUGAAAAGGAAUUCAACCAGUUUGCUGAGGGGAAGCUCUCUGUCUUUGCAGAAACUUAUGAGAACCAGACCAAGCUAGCCCUGGUUGGGAACUGGGGCACAACGGGCCUCACUUACCCCAAGUUUUCUGAUGUCACGGGCAAAAUUAAGUUACCCAAGGAUAGCUUCCGGCCCUCUGCAGGCUGGACCUGGGCUGGAGAUUGGUUCGUGUGUCCAGAGAAGACUCUGCUCCAUGACACUGAUGCUGGUCACCUGAGCUUUGUGGAGGAGGUAUUUGAGAACCAGACCCGGCUUCCUGGAGGCCAGUGGAUCUACAUGAGUGACAACUACACUGAUGUGAAUGGGGAGAAGGUUCUUCCCAAAGAUGACAUCGAGUGCCCAGUGGGCUGGAAGUGGGAAGAUGAAGAAUGGUCUACAGACCUCAAUCGGGCUGUUGAUGAACAAGGCUGGGAGUAUAGCAUCACCAUCCCUCCGGACCGGAAGCCGAGGCACUGGGUGCCUGUUGAGAAGAUGUACUACACACACCGACGGCGGCGCUGGGUCCGUCUGCGCAGGAGGGACCUCAGCCAGAUGGAAGCAUUGAAGAGGCACAAGCAGGCGGAGGCAGCGGGUGAGGGCUGGGAGUAUGCCUCUCUCUUUGGCUGGAAGUUCCACCUAGAGUACCGCAAGACGGAUGCCUUCCGCCGCCGCCGCUGGCGCCGCAGGAUGGAGCCACUGGAGAAGACGGGGCCUGCAGCUGUGUUUGCCCUUGAGGGAGCCCUGGGUGGUGUGGUGGAUGACAGGAGUGAAGAUUCCAUGUCCAUCUCUACCUUGAGCUUUGGUGUGAACAGACCCACAAUUUCCUGCAUCUUUGAUUAUGGGAACCGCUACCAUCUACGCUGCUACAUGUACCAGGCCCGGGACCUGCCUGCGAUGGACAAGGACUCUUUUUCUGAUCCCUACGCAAUCGUCUCCUUUCUGCACCAGAGUCAGAAGACAGUGGUGGUGAAGAAUACCCUGAACCCUACCUGGGACCAGACACUCAUCUUCUAUGAGAUCGAGAUCUUUGGCGAGCCAGCUACCGUUGCUGAGCAGCCGCCCAGCAUUGUGGUGGAGGUGUAUGACCACGACACCUAUGGUGCAGAUGAGUUUAUUGGCCGCUGCAUAUGUCAGCCGAGUCUGGAACGGAUGCCCCGGCUGGCCUGGUUCCCACUGAUGAGGGGCAGCCAGCCAUCAGGCGAGCUACUGGCCUCUUUUGAGCUCAUCCAGAGAGAGAAGCCGGCCAUCCACCAUAUUCCUGGUUUUGAGGUGCAGGAUACAGCAAGGAUCCUGGAUGAGUCGGAGGACACAGACUUACCCUACCCACCACCCCAGAGGGAGGCCAACAUCUAUGUGGUUCCUCAGAACAUUAAGCCAGCUCUCCAGCGUACCGCCAUCGAGAUCCUGGCAUGGGGCCUGCGGAACAUGAAGAGUUACCAGCUGGCCAGUGUCUCCUCCCCCAGCCUUGUGGUAGAGUGUGGAGGUCAGACAGUACAGUCCUGUGUUAUCAGGAACCUCCGGAAGAACCCCAACUUUGACAUCUGCACCCUCUUCAUGGAGGUGAUGCUGCCCAGGGAGGAGCUCUACUGUCCCCCCAUCACGGUCAAGGUCAUUGAUAACCGCCAGUUUGGCCGCCGGCCUGUGGUGGGCCAGUGUACCAUCCGCUCUCUGGAGAGCUUCCUGUGUGAUCCCUACUUGGCAGAGAGUCCAUCUCCACAGGGAGGCCCAGACGAUGUGAGCUUGCUCAGUCCUGGGGAAGACGUGCUGAUUGAUAUUGAUGACAAGGAGCCCCUCAUCCCUGUCCAGCUUGCAGAUGGUCUGUCGAGCUUGGCCCCCACUAACAUGGCAUCUUCUCCAUCCAGUCCUCAUGAAGAGGAGUUCAUUGAUUGGUGGAGCAAAUUCUUUGCCUCGAUAGGGGAGAGGGAAAAGUGUGGCUCCUAUUUGGAGAAGGAUUUUGACACUCUAAAGGUCUAUGACACACAACUGGAGAAUGUGGAGGCCUUUGAGGGCCUUUCUGACUUUUGCAACACCUUCAAGCUCUAUCGGGGCAAGACCCAGGAGGAGACAGAAGAUCCUUCUAUCAUUGGGGAGUUUAAAGGGCUCUUCAAAAUUUAUCCCCUCCCAGAAGACCCCGCCAUCCCCAUGCCCCCAAGACAGUUCCACCAGAUGGCUGCUCAGGGGCCCCAGGAGUGCUUGGUCCGCAUCUACAUUGUCCGAGCAUUUGGACUGCAGCCCAAGGACCCCAAUGGGAAGUGUGAUCCUUACAUCAAGAUCUCCGUAGGGAAGAAAUCAGUGAGUGACCAGGAAAACUAUAUCCCCUGUACCCUGGAGCCUGUAUUUGGAAAGAUGUUUGAGCUGACCUGUACUUUGCCCCUGGAGAAGGACCUGAAGAUCACUCUCUAUGACUAUGACCUCCUCUCCAAGGAUGAAAAGAUCGGGGAGACAGUCAUUGACCUGGAGAACAGGCUGCUGUCCAAGUUUGGGGCUCGCUGUGGACUCCCACAGACCUAUUGUGUCUCUGGACCAAACCAGUGGAGGGACCAGCUCCGCCCCUCCCAGCUUCUCCACCUCUUCUGCCAGCAGCGCAGGGUCAAGGCCCCUGUGUACCAGACAGACCGAGUGCUGUUUCAGGAUAAAGAAUACACCAUUGAAGAGAUAGAGGCUGGCAUGAUCCCCAACCCACAUCUGGGCCCAGUGGAAGAGCGUUUGGCUUUGCAUGUCCUUCAGCAGCAAGGCCUGGUCCCAGAGCAUGUGGAGUCACGGCCCCUCUACAGCCCAUUGCAGCCAGACAUUGAGCAGGGGAAGCUGCAGAUGUGGGUCGACCUAUUUCCAAAGGCCCUGGGACGGCCUGGACCUCCCUUCAACAUCACUCCCCGAAGAGCCAAAAGGUUUUUCCUGCGUUGUAUCAUCUGGAACACCAGAGAUGUGAUCUUGGAUGACCUCAGCAUCACGGGGGAGAAGAUGAGUGACAUUUAUGUGAAAGGUUGGAUGAUCGGCUUUGAAGAACACAAGCAAAAGACAGAUGUGCAUUAUCGCUCCUUGGGAGGCGAGGGCAACUUUAACUGGAGGUUUAUUUUCCCCUUUGACUACCUGCCGGCUGAGCAAGUCUGCAUCAUCGCCAAGAAGGAUGCCUUCUGGAGGCUGGACAAGACAGAGAGCAAAAUUCCAGCACGAGUGAUACUCCAGAUCUGGGACAAUGACAAGUUCUCCUUUGAUGACUUUCUGGGCUCCCUGCAGCUGGAUCUCAACCGCAUGCCCAAGCCAGCCAAGACAGCCGAGAAGUGCUCCUUGGACCAGCUGGAUGACACUUUCCACCGGGAAUGGUUUGUGUCCCUUUUUGAGCAGAAGACAGUGAAGGGCUGGUGGCCAUGUAUAGCAGAGGAGGGUGAGAAGAAGAUACUGGCGGGCAAGCUGGAAAUGACCCUGGAGAUUGUAGCAGAAAGUGAGCAUGAGGAACGACCUGCUGGCCAGGGUCGGGAUGAGCCCAACAUGAACCCCAAGCUCGAGGACCCCAGGCGCCCUGACACCUCCUUCCUGUGGUUCACCUCCCCAUACAAGACUAUGAAGUUCAUCCUGUGGCGGCGUUUCCGGUGUGCCAUCAUCCUCUUCAUCAUUCUCUUCAUCCUACUGCUGUUCCUGGGCAUCUUUGUCUAUGCCUUCCCGAACUAUGCUGCCAUGAAGCUGGUGAAGCCCUUCAGCUAAGGAUUCUCCUACCCUGGUGGAGGGGACAUAGGAUGUCCUCCCGGCCAGGAUUGGCCUACCUCCUCCGCCCAGCUCAGCUGAGCUCCUGCAGACCUCCACGGCCUGACUGUCCAGUCAGGGUGGGCAGACAGACAGAUUCAUGCGUGCUCCAAGAGUUGCCAACGAUGACCCUGGGAUCACCCUACUUUUACCAUUUCUGUCCCAACCCCUUUUUGGAUCUGCUUGAAUGUAUUUCGGUAUAAAACAGUUUGUACCACAA